CAUACAGUAAAGACGACAAAAACCCUAUUUCGCUGUUAACCCGGUAAAUAUUAGUAUCGUAAACCGAAGACGGCACAGUCGUAAAAAUGCAAGAUGGCGACUGCAAUGACAGGACGUGGUAUCUCUUGUAUUAGGAAUAUAUCUGGAGCGUUGCUAUCAAGGAUACAGGCUCUGGGUGGCGGCCCUCAGCAGCUCUCUUAUGUCCACACCAGCGCUUCACUGGAAGAAAAACACUGGGAGAAGAAGAACCGGAAGGUGUAUCCACCUCAGCAUCCAGAUGAGCCUCGCAGACCAGCAGAGAUCCACCACGGUAGGAGGCAGAUUAAGUACAGCAAAGACAAGAUGUGGUACUUAGCCAAACUGAUCCGAGGGUUGAGCAUUGAUGAAGCCGUUGCACAGCUGGAGUUCAAUGACAAAAAAGGGGCAAAGAUCAUGAAAGAGGUCCUCCUUGAAGCCCAGGAGAUGGCAGUCAGGAAUCACAAUGUAGAGUACAAAUCCAACUUGUAUGUAGCUGAGUCCUUCUCCAGCAAAGGGAAGUACCUCAAGCGAAUCCGUUACCAUGGCCGAGGGAUGUUUGGCAUCAUGGACAAAGUUUACUGCCACUACUUUGUCAAGCUGGUGGAGGGACCACCACCCAAAUUGCAGGAGAAGACGAGCUUCAACCAGGCCAAAGAGUAUGUCCAGAGCCUCAAGAACAGAACCAUCAUUCACAGUCUGUAGGUCAUGUGACUGUUGACAUGUUCCUUUUACUGUCUCUGUGUGUAUGUGUACCACUAGAUAUUUGUAAAUAAAAAAUGAGUGAAUGGG